AAAUUUGCCACUCAUACAAUAAUUGCAGCUACUGUAUCUCUACUCGCCCAUGUGUAGCACGCUUGGGCGCUAGCUCGCAUUUGAGAGAACCAACACCCUUGCUCCCCCCAUUUUCGUCAAAACCAACAUUCUUCAAAUUGAUACUGUAGUUCUCACUCUGAGUAGCAGCUACGGCUGUCGUUCCCGUGGUUGAGAGCCCUUACCGUUGUGGUUCUACUGUGGAGGCAGCGGGCGUAGCGACCGGGCGCAAGCAGCCGAGCGGGCGGUGGAGAACCAGUCGCAAAAGUCUGCGGAAUUGUGGGAUCCAGUGCAGCUAUGCACCGUGCAGUAUUGCAGCAGAUGGUUUGAAUAUAUUUGCUCCAGAGAUGUGUGCUGGCGAGCGGCCUCAGAGCGAAACUGGGGGCGCCCCAAGACGCCCCAAGUUCCCGGAUCCACUUAACUGCCAGCCGCAGCCCAAUCUACAAAAGGAGAGGACCGGUAGCCUGGUUUCCCAUAGUAGUUGCGGAAAUAUGAUCACAGAAGUGAUCUGGCAUUGACCUCAGGUCGCAGCUAGAGAAUAGUGCACAGUCCAGGAAGUUGGGAUGCACGCAGAUGGGGCAGCUCCUCCAGCCCAACUCCAGCACUGGUCAUUCACCCCAGCCCCCCAGAAUUCAUUAUCAAUGACACCCGCCCCUCACUUCCUUGAUAUAGCUGUCGUAGACGAAAUUAACUUUGUAAAAUGAGUUUCUGGUACUAUUUGUUCCUGGCGCUGUUUGUGCCGCUUUUCGGCACCUACAUCGUUCAGCACCUAAUUUGCUCCGUAUUCUAUAAGACUCAAAACCUGAAGAAGCGGUAUAAUGCUGAGUGGGCUCUCGUCACCGGCGCCAGCUCGGGCAUUGGCAAGUCCAUUGCCACCCGGCUUGCGCGCCAAGGGCUCAACGUCGUGCUGGUGGCGUUGGGCGACAGUCUGCUGGACAACACCUUUGAGGAACUAAAGGCAGCCUACCCCAAAUGCCAGUUCCGCAAGGUGGCCGCCGACCUGGGCGGCUCCGACUACCUGGCGCCCAUCAUUGACGCCACCAAGGACAUCCGGAUCCAGAUCGUGUUCAACAAUGCCGGCUACAUGCUCACCGGCUUCUUCCACACCCGGCCUCUGGACGCGCUGAUGAAGAACCUCAACUGCAACGCCGUGUGCGCCGUGGCCAUCACCCACCACUUCGUGCAGCAGAUGAUCGGCUCGGGCCUGCGUGGCUGCGUGGUGUUCACCAGCUCCGCCGCCGCCGCCAUCCCCAGCCCCUUCUCAGUGCAGUACGCCGCCACCAAGUCCUUCAUCUCCGUCUUCGGCGCCAGCCUGGCCCCCGAGGUCAAGCCGCACGGCAUCGACAUCCUCGUGUUCCACCCCUCGCCCGUGGCCUCCAGGUUCUACGACAAGGCGCACAAGCUGGACGCGCUGGACUUCUUCAAGCGCUUCGCAGUGCACCCGGACGCGCUGCCGGACACGGUGUUCGCCAGCAUUGGCCGCACCGUGUGGCGCGACAUCGGGCCCACCGCGCUGGCCUUCCGCACCGUGGUCAAGAUCGUGGACUACAACUUCCUAGCCACCGUCAUCGCCGCCUUCGGCCGCUACAUGCCCGACUUCAAGCGCGCCUCAGCCGAGGGCGUCCCGGCGGCGCCCGGGGGGGCGGCCGGUGUUAAGAAGACGCACUGAGGACCAGGUAGCGUGAUGCGUUGAUGAAGCGGAGGGGGUGGCGGAGGAGACGAGGAGCGAAUGAGGGGAAGGAGGAGGGCUGCAGCAAGAACAUGUGAGGUCGUUUGAGCCUUUGAGGCCGUAUCCCUGCGAGCGGGAGGGGCAGAGGUGCUAAUUACUGCGUGCCCUUACCUGGGCACGCUCUUGUCAACCCGGGUUCACUUCAGUUUGGGGCACCGUCCCAAAACUGCACAACCUUUGGACCUGUGUUUAGUCGUGGUAGUACAGUCCGACGUGGAAACCAACCUUGCCUACCCCCGCCUGUCGUGUCAGAUUCACCGUCCGACAGUACUACCACUGCCGUACGGCCCUUCCCGUGCGGGGGGUCAUGGGGGUGGGCAGGGGGGUCCCCGUGGCCAAACUGGUCUCCCCUGAGUCCCCCACGCUCUCAGCCCCUCUGUGCAUGUAGUAAUGACUUGCUGGUCAAGUGGGGGGGCGGUCCGCGCUCGCCUGAGGUCGAAAUGGGCGGGUUUUGGCCCGCCAGGCAUGUGCCCGAUGGGCGCGUGUCGGUCCGAUCGGGCCCAAGUGUGCUGGAGAGAGCAGUAACUCACUCAAUAUGUUAUUUAGAUACCCAAUAUUGCAUUGGAACGUAUCCCGGGGCAAAAUGUGAGGCUCUGCCGACCGGCAAUUUCGCGACCGAGGUCCCUCGAGGAGCCAUUUUUUCAAGCCGUGAUUGGUGCCGUGUCUACUUUCAGCUAUGAGAAUGGAAAUUCAAGGCUUUGCGAGGGCUAAAAGCAGCUCUUCGUGUACAUUGUCGGGGCAUGUCGCUGCAUUUCGCGAGCUGGGCGAGCGGGCAGGCCGCGCCAGGGCUUAAAACAACAAGUCAUAACAUACAUAUGUCAUGUAUACGCCUUAGGCAAGGUUUGGUCUUUGGACGGUGCGGCGUGUAUGGGCACGCCCCGAGUGAACCCGGGUUGGCUCUUGUUUGAGUUUUGACGGACUCAUUACGGAUGUGGGAUGAAAGGUAUGUCGGUGGUACAUGCGUGCGGAUACGCUAAGAUCUGUGUACUGUCGGCACGUGCCGUUGCUAGCCCGGACGACGGAGGGGUGUCUCUUGUGGGCGUCCCUCCACGUGCCUGUUGGCUAAGCCUAGGCUUACCGGCACCCUCGCACGCCGGGGCAGAUACUUUGGGACCAGCUGGCCCAACUGUGCAUGUAAUUGCAUGGAUCA